GCCUGUACGUGGGCGUUGUUCGGAGCAUGGCCUUAUACGGGGCAUGAAUUUGGGCAGACAGGCUCUUGGCUAAAGCCAAGCCUCUCCUAAGGCGUCCGCUGAGGGUGGUGGCCUUGCGCAUAAUAAAGGCAUACCAUACGGUGUAUUUCGCGGUGGCAUGAGCCCUGGCAGGCACUCCACCCUGGGAGCUGGAAGCUAAUAUGAUAGCUGGAAAUUACCGUAUGAGACCAGAGGCCAGAGCGCGUGGAGAACGCCUCGACCCAGAGGAGGCGAAGAGAGAGCAACGACAGGCUGUCAAGAGACUGAGGGACCGCUGGAAGAGCGACCUGGAGGAUUCCUCCUAUGGAGCCCGCAGUAUAGGGGCUCUCCCCCCGUCAUUCAACCAGUGGCUCGAUAGAGAACACGGGGUGCCCAGCUACAGAUUGACACAGGAAACAACCGGACACGGUUGCUUCGGUCAUUACCUGCAUGAAAUUAAGCCAGUGGAUUGGGGGCCCACACGGAACGGCUCUGCACGUGUGGGACGAGAGCCAAGCGUCCUGGUGCUCUCCCUCAGUGACGCGGGUGUGCAACACAGGUUGGUCGGGCUGCCGAGGGGCGUCGCGGAUAGAAUGCCGCAAGCGAUCCCAUGACGCUCCCUAACGGCAAAGAGGAUGACACCGCAGGGGAUGUUAGUGGGUAUUCUCCUCCCCUUCCUCUGGCCAUCAGAGGGAGUAACGGGGGGAGCGAGUCCCACAUACCACCCCCCCAAUGGGCUUCCCCAGCCCGGGGUGAGAUGCGUAAAUGCAUUUACCCCUGCGUCAAAAAAAAAACCAACUCGCGCCUCAGCGAACAUGCCGGACGCGCUGCAGUGCUUCGGCAGCCGCAACAGCAUCCUCAAGAUUGAUUAAUUGAAAGCGUCUGGGUGUCAUUUGAUCGCUUCAACUAGCGAGAACUAUUAAUAGAUACCUAAUUUGUUUUUACUGUAAACUAUACCUAAACCUUGGUACCUAGUUAAGAUGGCAAUCGUUCGCAAUACGAUAAUCUGUGCAUUCUGCAGUGCACCCUAGUCAUCUGGAAAGCAAAGCACAUACGGAACGCGUUUGUUACCCAUUACAGCGGCUAGCUACAGUCCGAAAAUUCCCACCAACUGGGCAUAUUGCUUACAGAGGGUAUGUGACACACUGUACAUUACUCUGCUCUCAGGACUUCUUCAUCCCUACUCACGGCGUCCGAAUUUGCAGUGAGUAGAGUUCACUCUCACCUUCAGCAAAACCGAAAGACCUAGAUCUAUAGGACUAGUAAAAUAGCCGAAACAAUACAAAGCAUCACUCUAAAUGGCGCUACAUAUAACGCCCCUUACACUGAUACAAGAUUUUCAUCUAAUAAUGUCGAGAACCAGUGCAUGAUUCAACCUUUACCGGUCGCCGUGGUAAGACCUAGGAUUUACCAAAUCCAUGUCGGUAAAAGCCCGAAGUGAACAAUAAUUAUUUCACAUUUCGGGCUUUUACCGAUAGGCAUCGGUAAAACCUAGGUCUUACCGGUAUAUCCUAGGUUUUACCGUACUUCGGGCUUUUACAGUAACAUAUAU